AUUUACAAACAAAAGAUUAUUGUACGUCAGCGUCAUUCCUGUUCAUCGUGGUCUUUAUAUAAAGCUUUAAAGGGUAAACAACUUUAGUUUUUACAAAUCCUUCCAGAAAAAUGGCAGGUUUGGCAGAAAAGUAUGAUUAUGUGAUGAACGACCUGAGUGAUCCUCGGGUCAAGAAUUGGAUCGGUUUUUCGAGCCCUGCCAUGGUACUCAGCAUCAUUGCCUUAUACCUGUCCAGUAUUUACAUAUUUUUACCGGCCUACAUGAAAAAUCGCAAACCAUACGACCUCAAAAAUGUUAUUUAUUAUUACAAUAUUUUCCAAAUAGUGUCCUGUCUAGUCCUAAUCUACGGAGUUGCCACAUCUGGAUGGACUACCACGUACUCUUGGGGCUGCCAACCUGUCGACUACUCCAACAACCCCCAAGCAAUAAACAUGCUCCAUUGGUGCUAUUUCACAUUCGUCCUCAAAGGAAUUGAAUUGAUUGAAACAGUGUUAUUUAUCUUACGAAAGAAGUUUAAUCAAGUGUCUAAAUUGCACGUGUACCACCACGCUUCCACUUUCUUUCUGACUUGGAUAGGUACCAAAUACGUCGGAGGUGGCAUGAGCACUUUUCCAAUUAUGAUCAACUCGGUGAUACAUGUUUUCAUGUACACUUAUUACCUUCUGGCGAGUUUGGGACCGGAAUGGCAAAAAAAGAUGGCCAAGUGGAAACCGCGACUGACUAUUUUUCAAAUGGUCCAAUUUUGCGUUAUUAUAGCGCAUUCCUUGCAAAGUUUGCAUCCUGAGUGUGUAGUACCCAAACAAUUAUUGCUCAUUUAUGUUCCUAAUGUUCUACUAGUGUUUUACAUGUUCUGGCAAUUCUAUCAGGAAAGCUACACACCCAAGCAAAAGAACAAGUAGUCGAUUAGUAUUGCAUUGUGUGAUUGUGUUACCACCAAAUUAAUAAAAACGAUAUUUUUUGUAAA